AUGGUGAAAACUGACGCAUUUUAUGUGCAUCUACUGGGCGGAACAUUCAUCCUGUCACUAGCAACAUUGUGGAUGUUUCGCGCGUGGCGCCGUUACGCCAUCGACCGACUCCGCAACGCCAAGCACGCCGGCCCUUCAGCCCACGUGAUCGCUACAUUACAGCAAGCUGUAUGGUUCGAAGGGGUCUUCAAGGUGGUCGUGGCUUCGAUCGGCAUGGGCAUUCAGGUCUUCAAGGGUACAGAAAACGGUCGCAUCGCACACAUGGAAAAUAUCCAACAUGCAUGCAUGUACUCCGUUUACAUCCCGAGUGGAAUCCUAGAUGUCCUGAGUUGCAAGGAAACCUUGGUUCCUCGAGGUGCCAACCGUGCCGUCCUCCUGUUGGCGUUCUUUGUAGAAGUACUGGUCUUCCAUUCACACCUGGACGGAAGACCACCUUUGGACACGUUGAUGCAUGGACUCAUUAUCUACACGGUGGUAGCGAAGGCGGCCUGCCUCUGCUUCGAGAUGAUUCUGGAGGACAGUGUCCUGGCUCCUCUGGGAACAGCUUUCUUCGGAGCUGUCCAGGGAUCCUGGGUCUUGCAAAUUGCCUUCUCUCUUGUCAGCCCUGACUUCGACUCUUGGCAACACAAUCACCAGAACGUUAAGUACGCUGUGGCUUUGUUUACGUGGCACAUGGAGGGAGCAUUGCUUUUCCUUGCCCUGAUUGGAGUCUUGACGUGGCUGUGCUACGUCGGGUCUCACAUCCCAAGACAGAAGGUUGAUUUCCCUUACAUGCCAGUAAAAAGCCAGAUAUAA